AUGCAACAACUCAGUCGUCCCUUGCAUCGCCAAAACUUCGAGAUAGCCCUCAUUUAUGCCCUACCCGUAGAACGUGAGGCAGUCGAAGCUCUCUUAGAUGUUAAAUAUGAAACCCACAGCCUGUCUUCCGGAAAAUCCCCCGGCGAUCUCACCGCGUACAUUACAGGAAGAAUUAGUGGCUAUCAUAUUGUGUUAGCAUACUUACCACACCCGGGAAAGGCGAUAGCCGCAGGCGCAGCAUCUUACCUUCGGAGUCACUUUGAAGGGAUUAAGAUCUGUAUUGUGAUUGGGGUUUGGGGAGAUAAUCUUGGUAAUCGAAAUCUCGAGAUCACGUCAUUUUUGAGAAAUCUUUCGUGCCAGCCAGCUCUUCAAAGAUUACAACACAAGACUUUGUCUUAUUCCAAAGAACUCUUGGAACAACUUAGAUCCCCUGAAUUUGCAUGGCCAGGUGCAGAUGAGGAUAAAUUUUCCCCAUCCAACUAUCGGCAUAAACAUCAGGACCCAAAUGUGUGUACUACAUGUGCUAGAUGCUACCACCUGGAGGAUAGCGUCUGUGACGCUGCAUCGAAACUAUCGUGUAUAGCACUCGGCUGUGACGAUAUGCUAUUGGAACGCCGCGGCUGGCGUAACAGGCAAGGGGAAUUGGAAGCUUCCGAUGGGCUUCUCUCUAGGAAUAGCCUCAUGUCCGGGGUUGCUGAGAUUGUCGGGGCUGCCGGGAUCGGCAGAGCGCUAUUGUCAAUAUCCGGCCGGAUAUUGGGCGUCCUGAUCGCUUUCGAGAUGGAGGGCGCUGGAGUAUGGCAAUACCUCCCUACUAUUAUUGUCAAGGGCGGGUAUUCAGCUAUUACUGCCGCAGCUUCUACUAAGGUGAUCAUAGAGGAAUGGAGCAUGCAAAGGCCGUUGAAGGCAUUGAUCCCAUUCAGUCUUUCUGACGGAGCAUAUCACAUAGACCCCGGAGCCGGUCGAUACUAUGUGCUUUGGAAUAAGAAAUACUACACAACACAGACUGAAGGAGGUAAUACCUCGGGGGCAGAAGAUACAAAAAAAAAGUUUGAAGAGCUGGAAGCUGCCUUGAAGACUGUUCCUACUCAAGCUGCUAUUGAGCCCGAAAUUGCUCUACCUGAGUCCGCUCUAGCACAGCAGGACUUUUGUCGGGUGGUCCGGACUCAACUUCGAUUAUACUCAGCGUCACGCGAAGGAUUCCAACGUACUGCGCUUGCACUUGCAGCUGUCAUCAAAACAAACAAAUCCGACCCCGAAUUAUCUUGGCUCACUCUUAGGCUCGGUGCUUCUGAGCUACACAGGAACAAGUAA